UGUACGUCAAUCAGCAGCGAGUUUUUUUUUCUAUCUUAUUUAAUGUCGUCACUUAGUAUUAACACAAGUCAACACUCGUUUACACAUAUAUAUACAUAUAUAUUUAUUACAUUAUACAUAUAUUACAUAUAUACAUAAAUUUUAGUUGUUUGGAUUUAUUUCGAGCGUAGACGCAUAUCGGAAAGGAAGAGUGACGUUAUUUAAACCGGAUAAAUAUUAAAUGUGACUUAAAUUAAUAUAUAUUUUUUUAUUUAUCAGUUAAUUGAAGUUUUUUUAAUUUAAAAAUCAUCAGUUAAUUUAUAAAGACUAAGUAUUUCGGGUAAAUAUAAAACAAGUGUGCAGUUUUCUCAGUGUUUUUGUUUGUUAACCUAGAAAAAUUAUUUGAAUUUGUUUAUUUAAAUUUGGUAUUUAUGCUUGGUAUCAAAGGAUAGAGAGAUAAAUACUAGAUUAAAUAAUCACAAUAAUAGUGAUAAAAAUAAAUAAUUAAAUUAUAAAUAAAAAUAUAAACAAGUGGGCAAAGAAAUAAAACAUGUGAUGCGACUUUUACGAAACGGAAUUGCAUGGUUGAGAUGCAUUAUACGUCGAUAUCCCACGAUUUGUCUGGUGAAUUUUUUUCUUCACACAAAGGAUCAAAAGAUAAAUAUUUUGCCAAUGAUACUAACUCCUUCAGUGGUAACUUGUUACCUGGUGACAUGAACCAAGGCGAUAAAAAUUACAAGGACCGUAAAGAACACAAAGAAAAAUAUCGGCCGUACCGGAAAUACUCAGAGCUGACACCACCAACUCAACAUUCCUAUGAUAAUUAUGGCAAUUCGUUGGCAAGUAAGUCAAACUCAUUACCAGGACGAUGUAAUACGACAUUGCAUGGAUCCGAACCACUUGUGGCGACUGGAAUUCCACCAGAAGAUCUUGCAACCCAGUUAACACUCUUAGACUUGAGUGUUUUCAAAGCAAUAAGACCUGAAGAGCUGUCGAGUUGCUCGUGGAAUAAAAAAAAUAAACUUCUUGUUGCUCCAAAUGUCGUGGCAUUUACUCGACGAUUUAAUCAUGUCAGUUUUUGGACAGUCCAGGAAAUUCUUAAUUUUUCAACGCCCAAACAGAGAUCGGAAAUGAUUGCGCACUUUAUUCGGGUCGCUAAGAAAUUAUACGACUUGAAUAAUAUGCAUUCAUUAUUUGCUAUUAUAUCCGGUCUACAAAGUGCUCCAAUAUAUAGGCUCAAUAAAACUUGGGCAUGUAUUUCGAAAAAAGAUAAAUGUACAUUUGAUAAACUUGCUGAAGUAUUUAGUGAUAAAAAUAAUUGGACUAAUUUACGUGAACAUAUGGAGACACUUAAAUUACCAUGCAUUCCUUAUCUCGGUUUAUUCCUUACUGAUCUUGUAUACAUUGAUAUGGCUCAUCCACCAUCUAAAAACAAUGAAAAUCAUCAGCGUGCCAUAAAAAUGAAUACUGUAUUAACAAGAGUGACAGUUUUUCAAGCAAGUGAAUAUCCUGGGAUAAUUCCAUUACCUGAUGUCCAAAGAUAUUUAAAUAAUGUCCGUUAUAUUGAAGAACUGCAAAAGUUUUUAGAAGAUGAUCAUUUCAAAUUGUCAAUAAAACUUGAGCCCAACUCACCGGUCGCUUCAUCAAGCAGCAGUAAAGAGUCCGUGGGCGAUGUUGUAACAGGUGUAGCUGCACUGUCAUUGUCUCCAGCACGUGGUUGCGCGGGAUCUUUGAGAUUACACGCAGCCUCAGCUGCGAAUAAAUUUGUCCCUGGUCAUCGUAAAUGUCGAAGUUUAGGAACAAAAUUUCGUAGCACGAGCCUUCCACGCAACUUCCAUAAGCAAGGAGGCCGAUAUGGAACUAGCUUUGGAACUUCUGGUAUAUUUGGUAAAUCAAACGUAACACCUGUGGAAACAAGUCAAGUGACUGUUCGUCAUCUACUAGAUGAUUCAGUACUAGAAGAGCCUCAUUUGGUAUCACCGACUGUUGAUAUUGAUCAGAAUUCACCAGAGACUCCUGUUGAUUCACUUAAUGACGACUGUAGCUUACUUUCUCGUGUCAGUACACUUCCUAUUUUACCUUGUGAAAUUGAUGGUGUAAUGGAACCACGAUGUUCAAUGCAAGGGUCAUUGAGACGCAAAGUUGUUCUAAGAGAUGGUAAAAAACCCGCCGUCUCCACCUGGCAGAGAUAUUGGAUCCAAUUGUGGACGACGUCGAUCGUAUAUUUUUCCCCGAAAUGUUUCAAAGGAUGUGAUAGAUCAGAUUUUAAACGUGAGCCAUAUAAAAUGGUAUCUAUAUUAGGUUGGAUUGUUGAGUAUGGUGACAGUAUAUUUCAUCGAGACACAUUUCUAUUGACUGAUCCUAAUAAAGGCAAUGUCUAUAAAUUUCGUGCUGGAUCAAGUGAAUACGCAGAGCAAUGGGUGAAAGAACUUCGCGCGAUUGUAAGAGGAGUGAUUGAUAAAAAACCUAUUCCCGCAAAUCUCAUGUCUUUUGAGUGAAUUAUUAUUUUUUGUUAAGUUAUCAUAAUUUUCACAUACAGCUCAUACAAAUAAUAAUAAUAAUAUACUUGAUGCUUGAUAUUUCAUGAUAUUGCCAACGCGUGCGCCGUAAAAAAGUUAAAUUAAAAAUUAAUAACGAAAAUAAAAUAAUUUGCUUAUUAUAAACAUUAAAAGCAGUGCUAUGUAUCACAAUGUGUGUGCUAAUAGCUUUGCGAGAGCCUAAAUUAUUACGUAUUAAUUUAUAUUAGUAACUUUUAUGUUCUCUCGUAUUUAAUUUAAAAAUUCAUAUACUUUAUAUAAUUUAAUUUAAUUGACAUCAUAAAUUAAUAGAUAACACUGCCAGAUUUAUUGAGAUAAAAAAUUCAUUUAUUAUUUAUUUAUUUUUAUCAUUUAAUAGUCAGGAAUUUUAUUUUACUAAAUAUUAUAUAUAUUUUCUCGUAGAAUAAAUUUUGCUUUUUUGGCAAUCAAUAACUUGUAGAGCAAUAACUUUUUUAUUAGAUCUUAGGUGUAAUUAAUCGGCUCAAUUUUUAAAUGCUCUCUAAAUUUUUUUUUUUUUUUAUUAUCUACAUAAUCACUAACAUGCUCAAUUACAAUAGACAUUUAUUUAUUAAUAAUUAAUAAAUUAAUAAAUUAGUAUCAAUAUUUUUUAUUUAAUGAAAGUAAUUACGUAAUUUAUUGUCUUUAAUAAUUUUAUAAUUAUAAAUUUAUGAAAUUCAAUUAAAUGAUAAUUAAGAUAAAUUGAGCCGGUUGUAAUUUAUUUUUGCUUGUUUGCAUAUAUCUAAGACUGUCAAUUAUAUUAAUAACACAAGCGACUGUAAACCAGAUGAUAAAAACUAUCGAUAACUAAAUUUUUUGAGACUAAAUUUACAUGUAACUUUAAAAAAAAUAUUUCGAUUUAAAUUUAUUAAAAUUUCAUUAAAUAUUUUAUUCAUAGAAAAAUCAUCGUACUUGUAAAUUAAACCGUUAUACGAGAGAUAAGAAUGAAUUAUUAAGUGUGUUUGUGAAAAUAAAUUACACAGAAAAAAAAUAUUUCUUGGAGCGAGAAAAACUUUGAAUUAUUAAAUAAAAAAAAUUUUCCUACACGGAAAAAAAUUGUACUGGUUACUGUUCUGCGUAGUAAUCAAGGAAGUAUACAUUUUAACAUGACUGAUUCAUACACGGAAAGAAUAAUAUAGUAGUGGCACACUGAAAAAAAAAAAUUUGCUACCGUAACAAAAGUCAAGAUUACGCAGCUAUUUAUUAAGAUAACAAAUCCGUCUUGGUCAACGCAACUAAAUGACAUUUGUUGUGGCAAGUAAUGUGAAGUUGCCGUUGUAACAAAUGAAUGUGUUGAGCAAAAUAUUAUUUAUUUGUUCACAAUUGUUAUCUGGAAAAUAACUGUCUGUCCAAAUUGAGCUAAGUAUCACGUUUACACCUAUGACCAAUACUGACUAUCAGCCUUAGCAAUGUAUUAGAUGUAAAAAAUUCUAUGCGUAUCCGAAAAGUUUUCCUCAACACACAUUAUUUGUUAAAACAGCAACUUCACUUUACUUACCACAACAAAUGUCAUUUAGUUGCGUUAACCAAGAUAGUUUUGUUAUCUUAACAAAUAGCUGCGUAAUCUUGACUUUUGUUACGGUAGCAAAUUUUUUUUUUCAGCGCAACUCUCUGGGAUAGUACUGAGUACUUUCUGUAAUAGAAAAAUUCCAGACAGUACUGUAUGCAAUCUAGACUGUAUUCACUACUCUCUAGAUAGUACUGAGUACUAUCCCUGACAGUACUGAAUAUAGUCUAGACAGUAGUUGAUACAGUCUAGAUAGCAUACAGUGUAAAAAUUAUUAUGCCGCAUCACAAUUAUUAUAAUGUAUAGAAGUAAUUGUUAUUAAAUCUUAUCGAUAAGUGUUUCGCGCGUAGUAAGUAUUAUGAUACAGCACAAUAAUUUUUUGUAUGAGCAUAAUAAUUUUUUGGAUGCUUCCUUUCCUGUUUUAAGUUUGGUCCACAGCAUAAUAAAAAUUGGUAGGUUUUGAGCCAACAUCUUUCUCCGUGUACUAUAUUGUUUUUUCCGUGUAUUGAAACAUGAUUGAGUCGUUGCUUAACACGUACUAUUAUUUUUAAAACAGUAACCCGUGCUGUGCUACACAGUACAUGAAACACAGACUGGUUACUGUUAAAAUAGUCGUUCAUAGUUCAAGAGUAAACAAACCUCUCAGCAUAGCUUUUGUUACUGUAUAGAAUACGAACACUUACUAGUUAGUUAGUUCUUCAAUAAGGCAUUGGGACAACCCAUCCAGAACAGUAUUCAGUCCUGUUCUGACAUGAACACUUCAUAUGUGUCUAUAGUGUCAAGAAUAGUAAAGACACAUGAAGUUAGUAACCGUUUAUGUCAGAAUAGGGCUGAAUACUGUUCUGGAGGUUAAUGAGAUCUACGAGAUCUAAGUAACCAUUCCUGUCACUAAAUAGUAAGUGUUCGUAUUCCAUACAGCAACAAGAACUGUGCUGAAAGGUUUGUAUACUUUUGAACUAUGAACGACGACUAUUUUAACAGUAACCAGUCAUAUGUUUCAUGAGCUGUGUAACAUAGCACGGGUUACUGUUUAAAAAGUAAUAGUACGUGUCAAGCAAUGACUCAAUCAUGUUUUAAUAUGAACCAGUCAUAUUAAAGUGUAUUUUUCUUUAUAUCUCUCGUCGAUUACUGCGCAGAACAGUAAUCAGUACAAUCUACUUCUUUCCGUGUAGGACAGGCAAAAAUUUUCCCGCCAAGAAAUCAUUUUUUUUCUGUGUACAAUUUAUUUAUAAUUAUAAAUUGUAAUAACAAAAUAUUUAUAAACUUUUUAAAUACCAAAGGAUUAAGUUGUAAUUUUUGAAAUAUGUAAAUUCGGUAACUUCUUUACAGUAUUGGCGGUAAAUAAUAUUUAAACUCAAACAAGAAUUUAAUAAUAAUUAUUCUAAAAAUAUUCAUCUUUGCUAUUAGCUUGCCUUUUUAAACGGCAUAUCAUUAGAUUUAAUUGUAUUAAUUGAUUAAGCGUGAAAAAAAAGAAAUAUCAUAACUGUCAAUGAAUAUCGUACUUUUAAACCACUGAAAUUAAUAUUUGUUGGCUGUACUAAAAUAUUAUUGCUAUCAUUAAAUCUAAUGUGUCAGUGUCAUAUUUUCGACCAAAAAAAACAAUUUUAUAUUUGUACUGUUAAAAUUUUUUUUAGGAGUUUAUAAAAUUAUCUUGCCUGAAAAAAAUCUUAUUGUUUCGAAACUUCUGCAUUGGUUUAUCUAAAGCAAUAAUUAUAAUUAUAUAUCUCUAAUUUAAAAUUUAUUAAUAUUAUAAUUAGAAUUAUGUGUCAUUUGCUUCAUUGUAUAAACAAAACAUAUCAUAUUAUUUUUUUUUUGCGAUGUGAUUAAUAAAUUACCGUAUUCGUGAGGUUAAGAAAAUUUAUUGGUUGGCAAAGCAGCCGAAUAUGACCGAAGACGGUCGUAUAAAAUCGGCAACUACCAAAUAGAUCCGAAGACAGUCGAGUAGGGUCGGCGACUGCCGAAUAAAUCCGAAGGCGGUCAAACAAUAAUACAUUUAUAAACAUAACCAACUUUUGUGGUUAAUAAAUUUAAUUUCUCAAAAUUUGACAUGAUAAUUAAAAAAAUUAAAUUAGUAAAUUAAUAGAACUGACAAUAUUCAAUCAAUAGGUUAUUUCUUAUAAUUGUUAUUGUCAUUGACCAUUUUCUCGAUUAAUUGAACAAUUUCGUGGUACGAACAAAGUAAUAUUCCGAAUUUUGAAACAAACAAACCGCGAAAAUUUCAAAUUUAUCUCAAAUUUAAACUUAACUUCGGUAACUUUAUCAAUUAGCAAAUUUUCUUAACCGAAAAUUUGGAAUCUAAACAAAAAUUAUAAAUCUAAUUAAUAACUUAUAAGGCCGCGCUUUUUUUUAAACAAAAAAAAAAGGUUUCGAAUGAAUGGAAGAGGCUGAUUAAACUAACGUCAAUUAAAUGAAAUUAUAAUACUUUUUUUACUGAAUGAUGUGAAAAUGGUUACAAAAUUGAUAACAAAAAAAAACAAGCGAUCAUAAAUUAAAAAUUAUCUUUAUCUCUACACUAGUAGUUGUAAUUUUUUUAAUAAUUGUAACUAUAUGUUGAGUUAUUAUAUUUUUGUGUACGUGCUAUUAUUUAGUUUAUUGUUUUAGUAACGAUGCCAAAAAAUAUAUUAAUGUUGCUCUAUUUUUCUUCGUUAAUUAAUUAUUUAAAUAAUUACUUGUACAGAUUAAUUUAGUCUUUAUUUUUUUUAUUUUAUAUAUUUUCAUCUUGUAAGUUUGUAAUCAAUAGGAAUCCGAAUUAACCGAUUGUAUUUCCUGUGGUUGUGAUAUCGAACCUGUUGUAAAUUUUUUUAUUAACUAAAAUUAUUAAAAUUAUUGUCAAACUUUUUUUUACGUACAAAAAAAUUACAUUUUUUUUUUAGGUUAAUAUUUAUAUUUUUUUUGAAUUCGAUCUGAAAAAAUGUAAGAAUGAUUGCGCAGAUUAAUUAACUAAUUAAAUAAUUAACAUCAGAAAAAAAUCCGUUGUAAUUAAAGUAAAUUGAUUGCGUACUCACGAGUUUAGACACGCAGGUAUAAUAAUAAUUGAUAUAAAAAAAAUAAUAAAUAAUGCAAAUCACUUUAUUUUUUUAUUAACUAUUCCGUCAUUGGAGUAUAUGGUA